AUGAGCUCUCUCGUUCAAAGUUUUAAGAGCAAGGAGGCUCUGCCCAUGUCCAUGUCGCAAGGAGGAGGAGGAGGAGGAGGAGUCCGCAAAAGGUUGUCUUCUCUCUCUCUAAGGAUGAACAUGCGCACCCGUGAACAGCCCAUCCUCUCCUCAUGGGCAUUUCGCCGGUCGGCCGACAAUUCCAUUCGGAAAUGGUGGGACUGGGGAUUGGGUUGGAUCAUGUCCAAGAAGCUCACAUUUGCCAAGGAUCUGGAAAUGAGCGAAGAGGAGAAAGCCGUAUUGGGAUGCAACAGCAAGGGCACCUGGAUCCACGUAUUUUACAAAGUAAGGUCGGAGCUGCGGAGGCUCGUGCGGCAACAAUGUCGGUCUGCCUCAAACCUUCCGCUAUGA